GGUGCUUGCAUCCAACCACGUUACGGCUGGCUUCAUUUCUCUAUCAUGUCCGGCCAGACGACGAAUAAUACUGCGCAGAAUAUCACGGAGCCUAACGUAGACCCCAUCUGGACUUCAAGCCGCACAGCGAGACAAAUAUAUGCCCUUGGAGAGGUCGAAAAGGAUAUUAGUCGACUAUUACAGCUAGCUGCUUCUUCAAUAUCUCUUCUCACGUUGCCACAAACCGACGGUCCUGAAGAUGGCUUACCGCAAGGAGGAGAGCGUUCAGAACAGUUCGUCCUGGAAGUGAGCGAGUACUUCGACCGGCUGGAUGGCAUCCACAUAAACAUUCGGUCGGCGCUGGCACACAUCAGACAGUCCCGUAUAGCUCCCUCAGCAAUUAACGCGCCAUCUCCGGGUUUCGUGCCGCCGUCCCUUGGUGUAGGCUUACCAACAGCGACGGGAGCAUCAGUUGAGGAAGGCGGUCGCGGGCUGCAAGAAGAACGAGUGGAGCGUGACGCAUGGGCAGGGAUUCUGGACGCGUUAAUGCGGCUGAAGCAGACGAGGGACAGGGAACGCGAGGGUGCAGGUUCAAUCGAGAGCAGUCCUCCGGCGGAUUGAUUAUGGUGGAGAGUCUAGCAUACUUGAAGCUUCAAAGCGGCCGAGUCGUCUUUCGGAAGAUGAAGGUACCCGUACUCGUGAGCCAGAUUCAUCAUACGCUGACUUCCCCCAGCACCUCCUUCGCCUUCAAGACUUCCUCCUUCUCGGCCAAAGAUGGAUCCUUCUCCGCUGCAACCUACAUGGAGCGCGUCAGAACCUCCGCGCCCAAGAAGGACGGCGAGACGUACAAGCAGCUGCCUCAGGUCCUGUACAGCAUUGCCAAGUCUUGUCGCUGCGUCAUCGACCAUCUUGUGCGAUUCUUCGAGCAUCCGUCUCUGGGGUGAUGGUUAACGGGGAGGGGGAACAUGAUGCGGUGAGACAAAGUACAUACUGCGUUCUUGAUAUACCAGUCCUCCGUAUUGUUGGCAAUGAACUUGUCCAACUUGAUCUUCUGCUGCUCUUCUUCAAGGAUGUACGAUCUAUGCUCUUUAAACAGCCUAUAUGCAUGCAAGAUCCAAUCCUAUC